GCUCUGCGCUGUCAGCGGCGCGGCCGGGCCGGGGCCUCCGCCCUCCGCCGGUCCUUUUCGGUUCGCGCGUCCCGUCCGCUGCGGAGCCGGCGGCGCCCCGUUCCGCGUCCCUCGGGCCGCGCGGCCGCCACGCGGCUGAGUCGCUGUGCGAUGUCCCGCUGCCUCUUUUCCCUUUGCUGUAUUUCGCUGCUGUUCUUGCAGCUGUUCUCAGCUGCUGACGGCCGUUUGCUUUUUAAGUCCUCCACGUUCUGUCGGUGUUUCCCAUUCUGUAAAGUUACCAACGCUUUUUUUUUCAAUUCAUAAAAGAAGUGUAAUCGCGUUCUGUGUUCGUAUCGGCUGCUUUGGUUUCUGACUCUUCCUGUGGAGGUGUCAAACAGGCGCGCAGUUUGGAUGGGAUGCUGAACUCAGUUGAUGCUAUAGAGCGGUGUUAACCCCACAGACACCUUAAAUGUCUUCAGAAGACAGAGAAGCUCAGGAGGAUGAGCUGCUGGCGCUGGCCAGCAUCUAUGAGGAAGAUGAGUUUAAGAGAGCCGAGUCAGCACAAGGAGGAGAAACCAGAAUUUGUUUGGAGCUGCCCCAAAACUUCAAAGUUUUUGUGAGCGGCAAUUCCGCAGAGAGUCCCCAGGGCAGGGGGUUUGAAUGCACCGUUUGCUUUCUGCCUCCGCUUGUGCUGAAUUUUGAGCUCCCACCGGACUACCCAUCCACCUCCCCGCCUGCGUUUACCCUCAGCAGCAAAUGGCUCUCCCCAGCACAGCUCAGCGCUCUUUGCAAGCAUUUAGACAACCUGUGGGAAGAGAACCGAGGCUGCGUGGUCUUGUUUGCCUGGAUGCAGUUUCUGAAGGAAGAAACAUUGAGUUACCUGAACAUUUCCUCCCCGUACGAGCUAAAAAUGUGCCAACAAGGGAACACACAGGGCAGGACGCCUUCGGUCCCUCAGGAUGCCGAGGAUUGUGGUGGUGCAGUGGGCUGUGCUGCAGCUGAGGAAGAAAUUGAUGAAAGAGCUGUACAGGACGUGGAAUCUUUGUCCAGCCUGAUUCGGGAGAUCCUGGACUUUGAUCAGGCUCAGAGAAGGAAGUGCUUUAACAGUAAGAUGUACCUGUGCAAUAUUUGCUUCUGUGAGAAGCUGGGCAGGGAAUGCAUGUACUUCACCGAGUGCAGCCACGUGUACUGCAAAGCUUGCCUGAAGGACUACUUUGAAAUUCAGAUCAGGGAUGGUCAGGUCCACUGCCUCAACUGUCCAGAACCGAAGUGUUCUUCUGUUGCUACUCCUGGUCAGGUGAAGGAGUUGGUCGGAGAGCAGCUGUUUGCACGCUAUGACCGCCUGCUGCUGCAGUCCACCCUGGACCUGAUGGCAGACGUUGUGUACUGCCCGCGGCCGGGCUGCCAGACACCCGUCAUGCAGGAGCCGGGCUGCACCAUGGGCAUCUGCUCCUGCUGCAACUACGCGUUCUGCACUCUGUGCAAGAUGACCUACCAUGGGGUCUCGCCGUGUAAAAUCACUGCAGAGAAAUUGAUGGAUUUGCGUAAUGAAUAUUUAGAAGCCGAUGAGGCAACCAAAAGAUUUUUGGAGCAGCGCUAUGGCAAACGAGUGAUCCAGAAAGCUCUCGAGGAGAUGGAGAGCAAAGAAUGGCUGGAAAAGAACUCCAAGUCCUGCCCUUGCUGCAGUACUCCUAUAGAGAAACUAGAUGGCUGUAACAAAAUGACGUGUACUGGCUGCAUGCAGUACUUCUGCUGGCUCUGUAUGGCUUCCCUGUCCAGGGUGAACCCAUACAAGCACUUCAAUGACCCGUCUUCCCCGUGCUUUGAUCGAUUGUUUCAAGCUAUGCAAAUUGAUGGUGAGUUCUGGGAAGAUGAAAACUAGUAUUCUUCUCUAGCAACAGAUGCUGAAGAAACCAGAGACAGAUGCUUUCCUUUUUUUGUCAAAGCUGUUUGAUUUUCAGUGCUCUGAUGCCAUAGAAGGACAAUACCACCUUGCACUGCAGGAUCCUUGCACAACCCUUCUGUUGCCAGAACCAAAGGAGGCCAUUUUACCCACCCUGUGGUCAAGGUUCCUGUUGAAAGUCCUAAUAGUAACAUCCAGUGAUAAAGAGAAACGCAACCAAGAAGUGAGAACAGAAUGGGGAAGUCUGCACCAAGAGGUGCCCCUCGCUCAGCUCCCGAAUGGCAGCAAUGUUUCUGGAGCGGCCUCCUGAGGAGGUUUGCCUUCCAGGGAUGUCAGCUGGCUCCCGCUGUUUGGGGCAGCGCCAUUCCAGGUGCAGAGCUCGCUCUGGAGCUGUUAGUUACACUGCUUGGGAAGGGAAAGCGUUGUGAAGCAGCACAGGGCUGUGUUCAGGGGCUGAGCCCGCCGCCUCCUGCAUUUCCUGCCUGUUUCUGUGGCAGCAGCUCACUGCUGUGCUGCUGGCAGUGGCAGCGAAGGCGCUGAUCCCUGACUCCUUGUGCUGCUGCAGUGCCCGUGUUCUUCUCUGAACGCAUUGGCAGAACUGACUGACAGCUUCUGGAGUCGGGGUCGCCCUGCUGAGUGCUGCAGUGCUGUGCGCCUCGCUGCCAGUCCUCACUGAGCGCUGAAGGGUGAUCUGAGUCUGGCCAGUGAAAGUAAUACCAGACAGUUUCUGUGCACAGACAGCCUGGAUCUGAAGUGAUAAUUUUUAGUACCUUAAAGAAUUCAAAUUUCUUUCUCAGCAGACAUUAACUUGUUUACAGAAUCUUCUUGUAAGGAAUUUGAUUAGUUGAUGCUUUUGGUUCUGGGCCAGAUGCCUCAUUUCUGCUGUUCUUGCCCUUUACAUAUUUCAAAAAACAUGGUUUCCCCUAAAAGCUCAGCAAGCUGUUUUGGGAACAUGGAAGUAAUUGCUGGAGAGAAACACUGAUUUAUUUUUUUUUUCCUGCUUACAGAAUGGUCUAAAAAUUUAUUUUGGAAUUCCAGCUCUUUAAAGCAAACAGCAGGUCUGGAUGGAUAGCUCAGGAGCUUGAAAACUGUUCAAACUUGGUUUUGAUUGAUAGUAAAUAAAUUUUAGUUAAAUACCUGGCCAAAAUGAGUGUUGAUGUAGUUCCUUUUGCAGAGGAAAAGUCUCUAUUCGAAUUGGCAGUGAUUAAAGUAGUAAGGGUGGAUUUCCUGCCUUGAUUUAGGCUGUAGGAUGGUGUGUGUAGAGCAAGUUUACAUUGUGUAUGGUUUACUUGUAUUUCCUGCACCUUUCACAUGCACUAAAUUCACUUUAAGACAGCAAAUACAGUUGUCUUCCUGUUUGUCUUCGUUAUGGCACUCGUGUUGGCUGUUGGUUUGUGGUACAGCUGUGGUGCUGGGCUCUGGUGCUUUUACACUGCAGGGCUGGGACUCGAGGUCUCAAGUGAACGCAGCAGAGCUCAAAACUUUUGUGUGAGCUUGAUGCCUGGGGCAUCCUGCUGAGGGAACUUGGCACAUUUCUGUAGGCUCGGUGCCCUCAGAGCAAAGUUACCUUGGAUUUUUGGGGGACAUCAGGCCUGUAAGCGAUGGAUGUGGUGGCAGUCAUAAAGCUGCCAUGGAAACAACACGUGGGAUGCAGCCAGCUUUGUGCUGCACUCCCACAGUAGUUUGCACUCUGCCCCAAUUGUUAACACAGCACCUGAACCAGGAACCUGCUUUGGAAAGCACUUUCUUCUUGCUGUGCAGAUUACGUGGGCAGACAAGGAGUGCUUGGCCCAGGGUGAAGCGUGCAUUUAUCAUUCUCUGCCUGGAGGCAAUGCUGCUGGAUCUCAGGUGUACAGAGGCAGUGCAGGUCCCUUCUCCAAGGACAGAGGUGCAGAGCAGCAGCCAAUGUUCCUGUGGCUGCUGGGCACUCAGCAGCCCUAGGCUGCAGCUCCUGUGCUUAACAGGCACAGAAGAACUGAGCCUCUCCCCAACAGCUGAGCAGGUGAGCGCGCUCACAGGACAAACAGCUGGCAGUGCAGAGGCAGAACAGCUCAAAC